UCAUUCAUUCAUUAACCAACUAAACUAUAUUAUAUCUAUCUCCUUUGGACAGGCUGUUUCAUUUCUGCCUCUUGCUGCUGCUUCUACUCCUUCCACCUCCACUUAUUUUCUGGUAAUUAAGCUCACUUCAAACACUCCUCUUUCUUUCUUUCUUUAUGGCCACUGGAUUUCUAGGAGUUCAUUUUCUAUCUUUUACAUGUUCCGUUUGUUGUUAUAACUAUUGGUUUAAUCCUACCGAAAUUUAGUACGAUUAGCUUGGUAGUAAGAAGUUUAACUUAGAACUACCAGUUCAUAAGAAGAAGAAAAGAAAAAGCUAUAUGGUAAAACAGCUUGUGAUCUUGACCAAUGAUAGGUUGAUUCAAUCAAUAGGUUCAUGCAUUACAAAAAAUUGAAUUUGUCGGGAUGUUUUCCAAUUUUUCGUGUUGAGUCGAGUUUCGAAAAAUUCAAACUAUUGAGAUGGGCAGCUCAUUUACUUAUAUGAAAAGGAUGGCAACUCAUCGAAUUAUGUGAAAAAAUGAAACUAUUUUAUCUUAUUUAUCACAUUUUAAGAAAUUUUAACGAUAAACUAAUGAAGUCACCCGACAUGAUGAUAGGAAUGACAGAUAUUUGUAGGCAGAAACCUUAAAAUUUGUCAACUUCUUAUUUUUAUUUUGGGAUAUUAGUUGACAUAUAAUUUUAUUUGAAUUAAUCUUUGGUAGCUGGCUCUCUAAUUCCUAAUAUAUCCAACGAGAUUACCAUAUAAUUGCCAGCAAUUUCAUACCUAUCAUUUUACUUAUCGCCGCCGCUCCCCACUUGUGUUCCGCAAAGCAGCCACAAAAAAAAUAUGAACUGAAGUUGCAUACAAAUCAUAACUGAUACGAUUUAAAUUGGGCAUUUUUCUGCUAAAAAAAUCAGAUAAUAAUAAAGUUUAAGGUAGGUUCAUUCUACAACAAAAAAACUUUAAUUUAUUAUUUUAAUGAAAAAGUUACAUUUAAUCAAAAUAAGUCUACUAUCUCAGUAAAAAGAAUUAAAAAGUCUACUUUUGUCAAUCCUACAUUAAAAACAUUUUUAUCAUAAAUAAUUUCUAAUAUUUUAGAUAAAUUCCACACUGACCAACUAUGUGAUAGAUUCACCGACAAAGCAUACUUUUUAGAAUAAUGAAGAAGUUUUUAUAAAAACUCUAAAUUUGAAUGUGGUAAUAGCGUAGGGGAGCAAUGUAGACAUAGUAAGCUUCUUAAAAAAACACACUCAAAAAUAAAAUUGUGUAAAAAGAGACACAAAACAAUCAUAAAUAAAAUGGGUUAUAAUGUUACAUGGUAAAAAAAAAAAAGAAAUUCGAACAUGUGAUCACUAAAUUAUUCUAUUAGUAAUUUAGUUCUACGAUAAUGUUACAAGUAUAUAAGGAAGUAUAUAUUAGUAAUUUAGUAAUCAAUUUGUUAGUUUUAUGGAACAUGUAUCUCAUUGGAAACAUAAGGAAGUACUAGACAAAGCACUGAAACACCCUUCCACAGUUCCACGUUUCAAGGGAAGAAAAAAGGCUGAUAAAUGGACCACAACUUGCUUUCUUCUUUCUCUAUGCUCUGCUAUUUACCUAACCUUCUAGCAAGUUCAUAGGCGGUGCUCAGUAUUGACUAAUUUAGGAGGAAAAAAAAGGUUCUUCUUUCUUUCUUUCUUCUUCAUUUCAUGUUUUCAUUUUUGUUAAUGUGAUUAAUGAGAAAUGUCUACUGGUGUAUGACAUGGAUCCUCUAUCCUAUCCUUGUAUACAUAAGGCAAGAAAUCAAGAAGUAGCAAAAUUGAUUAAUGGGUUACUCAAAAUUGACUUCGAUUUCUUACUUGCUCUGUAUAAAUACAUCACACACACUGACGGUUCGUCGCAUCCCAUUCUGCAUUCAGCUUUCUCUUCCAUUUCUCCUUUUCCCCUCUCUCUUAAUCUCUUGUAUUCUGGGUUUUGAUUAGAAAAAGAGGAACCAUGAACGCAUUAGCAGCAACCAACAGAAACUUCAAGCUAGCAGCUAGGCUUUUGGGUCUUGACUCCAAGCUCGAGAAGAGCUUGCUCAUCCCUUUCAGAGAAAUCAAGGUUGAAUGUACAAUUCCUAAAGAUGAUGGAACUUUGGCAUCAUUUGUUGGGUUCAGGGUUCAGCAUGACAAUGCCAGAGGUCCCAUGAAAGGAGGAAUCCGAUAUCAUCCUGAGGUUGAUCCUGAUGAAGUGAAUGCACUAGCACAGCUCAUGACAUGGAAAACUGCAGUGGCAAAUAUUCCAUAUGGUGGUGCAAAAGGUGGGAUUGGAUGCAACCCAGGAGACCUGAGCAUUUCAGAACUAGAAAGGCUUACUAGGGUAUUCACCCAAAAGAUUCAUGAUUUGAUUGGAAUUCAUAUUGAUGUUCCUGCCCCUGAUAUGGGCACUGGCCCUCAGACCAUGGCUUGGAUUCUCGACGAAUACUCCAAAUUCCAUGGCCACUCACCUGCUGUGGUCACAGGAAAACCCAUUGAUCUUGGUGGGUCACUUGGGAGAGAUGCUGCAACUGGGAGAGGAGUGCUGUUUGCAGCAGAGGCCUUGCUGAAUGAGCAUGGAAAGACUGUUUCUGGACAGCGAUUCGCCAUACAGGGUUUUGGUAAUGUGGGUUCCUGGGCUGCCCAACUGAUUCAUGAGCAAGGUGGGAAGGUUGUUGCAGUGAGUGACAUCACUGGGGCUAUCAAGAAUAGCAAAGGAAUUGAUGUACCAAGUCUCAUGAAACAUGUGAAGGAACACAAGGGUGUGAAAGGGUUUCAUGGAGCUGAUGCCAUUGAACCCCAAUCAGUAUUAGUUGAGGACUGUGACAUCCUAAUCCCAGCUGCCCUUGGAGGUGUCAUCAACAGGGAAAAUGCCAAUGAUAUCAAAGCCAAAUUCAUUGUUGAAGCUGCUAAUCAUCCAACUGAUCCAGAAGCUGAUGAGAUAUUGUCAAAGAAAGGUGUUGUGAUUCUUCCAGAUAUUUAUGCAAACUCGGGCGGAGUUACUGUUAGUUACUUUGAGUGGGUGCAGAACAUUCAAGGAUUCAUGUGGGAGGAAGAGAAAGUGAAUGAUGUACUGAAGACUUACAUGACCAAAGGGUUCAAAGAUGUGAAGGAGAUGUGCAAAACGCAUGAUUGUGAUCUCAGGAUGGGCGCCUUCACCCUCGGAGUUAACCGUGUUGCCCGAGCUACUGUUCUUCGAGGUUGGGAAGCUUGAUGAUGAGAUUCUGAUGAUGAUGAUCACUAAUUUGGAAUAAGGUUUUGAAAGGCUUCAGCUGCAGCCCCUACCCGUUCUUUUUUCUUUAUAUAGUCUGCAGCAAUUUCUCAUAACCAAGAUUUAUUUCUUGCCAUAUCUACUCGGCCAUAUUUUCAGUGCGUGAUUUGUCAUUCCGAUUCCUUGCAUAAAGGAGGGAAAUGUAUCCAAGUUACAUUAAAUUUUAGUUUAGAAUAUGAGUGGUAAUCAUACCACAAAGAAAGCCAUCUGCAUAUCAUGAUCAGUUGUGAAUUCUGCCAUGGUAUUUGUGGGCAGAGAUAUGACUGGAAGGGCCGAUUAUUACUGAAAUGAUAGAAACCGUUAUCAAGUUUCCUUUAUGCCUCUUCAGUUUAAGCUUAGUUUAUACUUUAUCGAGUUCAUAUAAUAGAUGAAUGAAGAAUGUACAAAGUG